AUGAUAUGGAGGGGAUUGGAACACCUGAAUCACAUGAUAUGGAGGGGAUUGGAACACCUGAAUCACAUGAUAUGGAGGGGAUUGGAACACCUGAAUCACAUGAUAUGGAGGGGAUUGGAACACCUGAAUCACAUGAUAUGGAGGGGAUUGGAACACCUGAAUCACAUGAUAUGGAGGGGAUUGGAACACCUGAAUCACAUGAUAUGGAGGGGAUUGGAACACCUGAAUCACAUGAUAUGGAGGGGAUUGGAACACCUGAAUCACAUGAUAUGGAGGGGAUUGGAACACCUGAAUCACAUGAUAUGGAGGGGAUUGGAACACCUGAAUCACAUGAUAUGGAGGGGAUUGGAACACCUGAAUCACAUGAUUGGGAGGGGAUUGGAACACCUGAAUCACAUGAUUGGGAGGGGAUUGGAACACCUGAAUCACAUGAUUGGGAGGGGAUUGGAACACCUGAAUCACAUGAUAUGGAGGGGAUUGGAACACCUGAAUCACAUGAUAUGGAGGGGAUUGGAACACCUGAAUCACAUGAUAUGGAGGGGAUUGGAACACCUGAAUCACAUGAUAUGGAGGGGAUUGGAACACCUGAAUCACAUGAUUGGGAGGGGAUUGGAACACCUGAAUCACAUGAUUGGGAGGGGAUUGGAAUACCUGAAUCACAUGAUAUGGAGGGGAUUGGAACACCUGAAUCACAUGAUAUGGAGGGGAUUGGAACACCUGAAUCACAUGAUAUGGAGGGGAUUGGAACACCUGAAUCACAUGAUAUGGAGGGGA